AAAUGGCUGCAAGCAAAUGACCUUCAGAAAGAAGUAUACCAGCAUCUGGCCUAUUAUGUACCAAAAAUUUACUGCAGGGGUCCUAACCCUGCUCCACAAAGAGAAGACAUGCUGGCACAACACAUUUUGCUGGGACCAAUGGAAUGGUAUCUUUGUGGUGAAGAUCCUGCAUUUGGUUUUCCAAAGCUUGAGCAAGCGAACAAACCUUCCCAUCUUUGUGGCCGUGUUUUUAAAGUGGGAGAACCUACAUAUUCUUGCAGAGACUGUGCAGUUGACCCAACUUGUGUGUUAUGCAUGGAGUGCUUUCUUGGAAGUAUUCACAGAGAACACCGAUACAGGAUGACAACAUCAGGUGGAGGAGGUUUCUGUGACUGUGGUGAUACAGAAGCUUGGAAAGAAGGUCCUUACUGUCAAAAGCAUGAACUUAACACUUCAGAGACAGCAGAAGAGGAGGAUCCUCUUGUGCAGUUACCAGAAGAUAUGGUAGCAAGAGCUUACAAUAUUUUUGCCAUCACAUUUAAAUAUGCAGUAGAUAUAUUAACAUGGGAAAAGGAAAAUGAAUUGCCUGGCCUAGAAAUGAUGGAGAAGAGUGACACUUACUACUGCAUGCUGUUUAAUGACGAAGUCCAUACCUAUGAACAAGUUAUUUAUACUCUGCAGAAGGCUGUCAACUGCACGCAGAAGGAAGCUAUUGGUUUUGCAACAACAGUAGAUAGAGAUGGACGUAGGUCUGUCCGCUAUGGAGACUUUCAGUACUGCGAUCAAGCAAAGUCAGUAAUAGUGAGAAAUACCAGUCGUCAGACAAAGCCACUGAAAGUACAAGUUAUGCAUUCAUCUAUUGUUGCCCAUCAGAGCUUUGGUCUGAAGCUCCUAACUUGGCUUGGCAGUGUUAUUGGAUAUUCAGAUGGCCUUCGACGAAUAUUGUGUCAAGUUGGCUUACAGGAGGGGCCAGAGGGUGAAAAUUCUUCUCUUGUGGAUAAGCUGAUGCUGUAUGAUUCUAAACUGUGGAAAG